CCUUGGAGAAGGUGCUGGGAAUUACAGUGUCUGGAGGCAGAGGACUUGCCUGUGACCCCCGAUCAGGUUUAGUUGCUUACCCAGCAGGGUGUGUGGUUGUGUUGUUCAAUCCCCGGAAACACAAACAGCACCACAUCCUCAACAGUUCCAGGAAAACCAUCACUGCCCUUGCCUUCUCCCCUGAUGGCAAGUACUUGGUCACUGGAGAGAGUGGGCACAUGCCUGCCGUGCGGGUUUGGGAUGUGGCAGAGCACAGCCAGGUGGCCAAGCUGCAGGAGCAUAGGUACGGUGUGGCUUGUGUGGCCUUCUCUCCUAGCGCCAAGUACAUUGUCUCUGUGGGCUACCAGCAUGACAUGAUCGUCAACGUGUGGGCCUGGAAGAAAAACACUGUGGCGGCCUCCAACAAGGUGUCCAGUCGGGUGACAGCAGUGUCCUUCUCUGAGGAUUGCAGCUACUUUGUCACUGCAGGCAACCGGCACAUCAAAUUCUGGUAUCUCGAUGACAGCAAGACUUCAAAGGUGAAUGCCACUGUGCCCUUGCUGGGCCGCUCAGGGCUGCUGGGAGAGCUACGGGACAACCUAUUCACUGAUGUGGCCCGUGGCAGAGGAAAGAAGGCGGACAGUACCUUCUGCGUCACGUCCUCAGGGCUGCUGUGCGAGUUCAGUGAUGGAAGGCUUUUGGACAAGUGGGUGGAGCUGAGGAACAUAGACAGCUUCACAACCACAGUGGCCCACUGCAUCUCUGUGAGCCAAGACUACAUCUUCUGUGGCUGUGCUGAUGGCACCGUGCGCCUUUUCAACCCCUCUAACCUGCACUUCCUUAGCACCUUGCCCCGACCCCAUGCUCUGGGGACAGACAUUGCUAGCAUCACCGAGGCCAGUCGCCUCUUCUCUGGAGUGGCGAAUGGCAGGUAUCCAGACACCAUUGCCUUGACCUUUGAUCCUACUAAUGAGUGGCUGUCUUGUGUGUACAACGAUCAUAGCAUUUAUGUUUGGGAUGUGAGGGACCCCAAGAAAGUGGGCAAGGUGUACUCGGCUCUGUAUCAUUCUUCCUGCGUCUGGAGUGUGGAGGUCUACCCCGAGGUGAAGGACAGUAACCAGGCCUGCCUGCCCCCCAGUUCCUUUAUUACCUGCUUCUCAGACAACACCAUCCGCCUGUGGAACACAGAGAGCUCUGGGGUGCAUGGCUCCACCCUCCACCGAAACAUCCUCAGCAGUGACCUCAUUAAAAUCAUCUAUGUGGAUGGGAACACCCAGGCCCUGCUGGACACAGAGCUGCCUGGAGGAGACAAAGCUGAUGCAUCCCUGUUGGAUCCCCGCGUGGGCAUCCGCUCGGUGUGUGUCAGCCCCAAUGGACAGCAUCUAGCAUCAGGGGACCGUAUGGGCACACUUAGGGUGCACGAACUUCAGUCCCUGAGUGAGAUGCUGAAGGUGGAGGCCCAUGACUCUCAGAUUCUGUGCCUGGAGUAUUCUAAGCCAGACACAGGUCUGAAACUGCUAGCAUCGGCGAGCCGGGACCGGCUGAUCCACGUGCUGGAUGCCGGGCGGGAGUACAGCCUACAGCAGAUGCUGGACGAACACUCAUCCUCCAUCACUGCUGUCAAGUUUGCAGCCAGUGAUGGGCAAGUCCGCAUGAUCAGCUGUGGAGCAGACAAGAGCAUCUACUUCCGCACUGUGCAGAAGUCUGGAGAUGGAGUGCAGUUCACACGGACACACCACGUGGUGCAGAAGACGACCCUCUAUGACAUGGAUGUGGAGCCCAGCUGGAAGUACAUGGCUAUCAGCUGCCAGGACCGAAAUAUUCGGAUAUUUAACAUCAGCAGUGGAAAGCAGAAGAAGCUGUUUAAAGGAUCACAGGGCGAGGACGGCACACUCAUUAAGGUGCAGACAGACCCCUCAGGGAUCUACAUUGCCACCAGCUAUUCUGACAAGAAUCUCUCCAUUUAUGACUUCUCCUCAGAGAUUGUCACUGGCAUGAAAUUUAGUAAUGAUUGUAAACAUCUCAUCUCUGUGUCUGGGGACAGCUGCAUAUUUGUGUGGCGCCUGAGCUCUGAGAUGACCAUCAGCAUGAGGCAGCGUCUGGCCGAGUUGCGCCAGCGUCAGCGGGGUGGCAAGCAGCAAGGACCAUCCUCUCCCCAAAGGGCUUCUGGACCCAACCGGCACCAGGCCCCAUCGAUGCUGUCUCCUGGACCAGCUCUCUCAUCAGACAGUGACAAGGAGGGAGAAGAUGAGGGGACUGAAGAAGAACUUCCAGCACUGCCCAUUCUUGCCAAGAGUACCAAGAAGGCACUGGCCUCGGUCCCCAGCCCAGCCUUGCCCCGAAGCCUGUCCCACUGGGAGAUGAGUCGGGCACAGGAGUCCGUGGGGUUCCUAGACCCAGCUCCUGCAGCCAACCCAGGACCCAGAAGAAGAGGGCGCUGGGUUCAGCCAGGUGUGGAACUGAGCGUUAGAUCCAUGCUGGAUCUGCGGCAGCUGGAAACACUGGCCCCAAGCCUGCAGGACCCUAGCCAGGACUCGCUGGCCAUCAUCCCAUCUGGUCCCAGGAAGCAUGGGCAGCAGGCCCUUGAGACUUCACUCACUAGCCAGAAUGAAAGGCCCCCUCGGCCUCAGGCUUCCCAACCUUGUUCCUAUCCCCAUAUUAUCCGAUUAUUGUCACAAGAGGAAGGGGUCUUUGCCCAAGAUCUGGAACCUGCACCCAUUGAAGACGGUAUUGUCUACCCGGAGCCGAGUGACAGCCCCACCAUGGAUACCAGUGAGUUCCAGGUGCAGGCUCCAGCCCGGGGAACUCUGGGAAGAGUGUACCCAGGCAGCAGGAGCUCAGAAAAGCACAGCCCUGACAGUGCCUGCUCUGUGGAUUACAGCAGCAGCUGCCUUUCCAGCCCCGAGCACCCCACUGAAGACUCUGAGAGCACGGAGCCCCUCAGUGUGAAUGGCAUCUCCUCAGACCUUGAAGAGCCAGCUGAGGGCGAUGAAGAAGAGGAAGAAGAGGAGGGAGACGUGGGCCCCUAUGGGCUACAGGAGGGCAGCCCCCAGACUCCAGACCAGGAGCAGUUUCUAAAACAGCACUUUGAGACUCUGGCCAGUGGAGCUGCUCCAGGGGCCCCAGUGCAGGUGCCAGAGAGGUCAGAGUCUCGGAGUAUCUCUUCACGAUUCCUGUUGCAAGUACAGACCCGCCCACUCAGGGAACCAUCCCCGUCCUCCUCAAGCCUGGCACUGAUGUCGAGACCAGCCCAGGUGCCACAGGCAUCUGGUGAGCAGCCGAGAGGCAAUGGUGCCAAUCCCCCUGGAGCACCCCCGGAGGUGGAACCGUCCUCUGGCAACCCCAGCCCCCAGCAGGCAGCCUCUGUGCUGUUGCCACGAUGCCAUCUCAGCCCUGACAGUAGCUGGGCUCCCAAGAGAGUGGCCACAGCCAGCCCCUUUUCUGGACUCCAGAAGGCCCAGUCUGUGCACAGUCUGGUGCCACAGGAAAGAGAUGAGGCCAGUCUGCAGGCCCCUUCACCAGGCGCACUGCUCUCUCGGGAGAUGGAAGCUCAGGAUGGUCUGGGCUCCCUGCCCCCAUCUGAUGGCCGUCCGUCUCGGCCUCACUCCUAUCAGAACCCCACCACCAGUUCCAUGGCCAAGAUAUCCCGCAGUAUCUCUGUUGGGGAGAACCUGGGCCUGGUGGCUGAACCUCAAGCUCAUGCCCCCAUCCGAGUCUCACCACUCAGCAAGCUGGCCCUGCCCAGCCGGGCUCACCUGGUCCUGGACAUCCCCAAACCACUGCCUGACCGUCCUACCCUGGCUGCAUUCUCUCCUGUCACCAAAGGCCGGGCCCCUGGUGAGGCAGAAAAGCCUGGCUUCCCGGUGGGCCUAGGAAAAGCUCACAGUACAACUGAGAGAUGGGCCUGUUUGGGGGAGGGCCCCACUCCCAAGCCUAGGACAGAGUGCCAGGCUCAUCCUGGGCCCAGCAGCCCCUGUGCCCAGCAACUGCCAGUCAGCAGCCUCUUCCAAGGCCCUGAAAACUUGCAGCCCCCACCCCCUGAGAAGACUCCCAACCCCAUGGAAUGCACCAAGCCAGGGGCAGCCCUGAGCCAGGACUCAGAGCCAGCGGUGAGCCUGGAGCAGUGUGAGCAGCUGGUGGGAGAGCUCCGCGGCAGCGUGCGCCAGGCCGUGCGGCUCUACCACUCGGUGGCUGGCUGCAAGAUGCCCUCAGCAGAGCAAAGUCGGAUUGCCCAGCUCCUCAGAGACACCUUCUCUUCAGUGCGACAGGAGCUGGAAGCUGUGGCUGGGGCAGUGCUGUCCAGCCCAGGCAGCAGCCCUGGGGCUGUGGGAGCCAAGCAGACACAGGCCCUGCUGGAGCAAUACUCAGAACUGUUGCUUCGAGCCGUGGAACGGCGUAUGGAACGCAAACUCUGAGUUCUGGAAGCCUGUCCCAAGUGAAUGAAUGCCCCAGCGAUUCCAAACUGCAGCCCCUCUGCCACUCACCAAAACCUGCGGGGCUGCUUGGAGUGGAAAGCGGGGAGCAGUGUUCCGAGGCAAAGCAGCCUUCCCAGCCGCUCCUCAUGGGGGGCGUGUAUUUAUUAAUUUAUUUCCCUGACUGUUGCCUCACUUCCUUGGAACUCCUGCCUCCACAGCCCCUCCGGUGGCAGGGACAGGUCUUGGGUCUUUGUCAUCUUGGUGCUGUGAGAGGUAGGAGGGCAGCCUGCCCCAUCUAGGAAUCUGGGAAGGGCUGGCCCUCUCUUAGAAGCCAUUUGAAAUUACUGCAGGGAUUAGCUCCCUGUGGUGGAGCAUACACACGGUACUCUGGGGUCCAGGUGAGAGGUGAUGUGGUAUUCAGUGCCCGUCAGCCAACUGUGGGCCUUCACCUCUACCUCCACUUCCCCUCUCACACCAGCUGCACUCCCCUGGCUGCCAGAGCAGGGUGGUUUUCCCCAAUACCUGGCAGCUCAGAAAGGCAGAGCCAUCUGGCCCUCCAGGGUGUCCCCAGCCAUCAGGAGACUUGAGUUGGUAUUUGGACCUGAGCCCGCACAUUCCACUCCCAUUCUCCCUCCAAGAGGGGCCCAGCGUUGUAUUUCCCUGUGACCCCUUACUCUCCUGGCCAGAACUUGAGCCAGCUGUGGGACGUUGCUGCAGGACAGUAAGCCCUCACCUGGGCAAACAUGAAGCUCUGGCCUCCUUUCCUCAGCCCCUUGUUCUUCCCUGUCCUCCACCCUGGACCCCAGCCGGCUGCUGGAGCCCAGAGGCCACCUUCUCCCUGCAUCCCGAAUGAUGCUUAGUCAGAAGCCUGUGUUGGAACAUCCCUCGUUUACAGGGCGCUGGCCUACCUCCUGAGGACCUCGGCCACAGAUGAGAUCACAUACAUGCACGUGCACACAUGUACACACACACACCUACCUGCACA